AUGAUUUGCUGUGUUCUUCCAAAUGGCAAGACAGAUGAACGGAUUUUCCUUUACCGGCCGUACAUUUUAGAAGAGGCAGAACGACUCGAGCUCCAGCACCAGGUUUUCGACAAGGUUUUCGACAACAGGCUAAUUUUUCCGCCGAUCCCGCGGCCUCAAAAGAUCCUCGACUGUGGCUAUGGCACUGGCUCGUGGGCCAUCGGGGCUGCGGAACAGCACCCCAAAUGCAAGGUCGAUGAUCUGAACCGUCCAUUCACAUUCCCCCCCAAUAACUUCGACCUUGUCCAUUCAAGGCUGCUUGCAACUGGCAUCAACCGAGACCGGUGGCCCUCCUAUAUCCGAGACAUUAAAAGAGUUUUAAAGUCAGGGGGCUGGGUGCAACUAGUCGAGAUAUACUUCAAUGUCCAGUCAGAUAACGGCUCAAUCACCGAGCAGCAUGCAUUGAGACAAUGGAGCACACAAUUAAUGGGCUCUUUGGAGGAAGUGAAGGACCUUCGCGUUGGGACAAGGCUGAGGAAUCUUCUGACAGCAGCAGGCCUGACCGAGGUCGAUGCUCGGAUGAUCCCUCUUCCUCUAUCCGCGUGGCCAAAUGACCCAAGGAUGCGAGACAUAGGCGCCGCAAACCGUGAUAAUGUUAAAAAACUGCUUCCCGCGUUGGGGCUUUAUCCAUUUACCCAACGACUGCGGAUGCCCCCACAGCAGUUUGCAGAGCUGAUAGCGCGAGCACAGCAGGAAGCCGAUACCCACAAUUUGAAGGCCUACUUUCCCUUGCAAAAAGGUUGUGUUGAUGGAAUGAAUCCUUCUUUCUUCAGCCAGCUGGCUCUGAGUGAGCGGUCGUCUUCGUUUCUAGGAAGCAAUGACACUGACGUCGUUGUCUUGAUCAUAUAUCGGUCCGGGAGGUGCCACCGUGGAUCUGCAACUGUCUGGAAUAUAAAGUGA